GCUAGUAGCAUUAUGCGUUUUGUCACUUUUUUUAAAUCCCCUCUCUGACUCUGACGUAAGCCUCUACACUGCAGCCCUGUUCAACAUUGCAACAAUACAAAUCCUCUGUGAGCAGGUAGUCAGCAUGUUUGCCCACAUGUUGGCCCUAUAGCGUAGCAGGCUGGAUAUUGUAGUAAUUUACAAUUGAGUCGUGACCUCUCGCGUUCUUACAUCAUAACGAGGAAAACCACGUAUCCCAGCAUGACUUUCUUCAGCCAUUUAGUUACCCAAUGGAUGCUCGGUGCGCUUAUUCAGUGACCAAUCGGGGGGUAGCCUAAUCUUUUAAUUCUAAGAGUUAAAUACCACGAAAAACGUUUUAUCAGCGCAAUUUACAUCAAUUAGUUUAUUAGCCUAGUGUGGGAAGCGCUUGUGCGAUCUGUAAAGCUUCAUUUUGGUCAACAAGUGGUUGGCACGAUCAACAGAGACAGAUUCCAGGUUUUUGUCAGCACACAGGGGCAGCAGCUCGACAUGCUAUCGGGUAUGCGGGUCUGUGUGCCCUCCGCUGCAGCACUAUUCGGCUCGUUGUGCCAUGGCUGUCGCAGCUGGGCACGUAGUUUGUCAUUCCGGGGUUUUAGUUGGUCGCCCCGAAAGAUCAGCCGGUGGAACAGUCAAGAUUCCAUUGACCUACCUCCUGCGGAGAACCCACGAAUUCUCAUCACAGGUGGCCUUGGACAGUUAGGUGUGGGGCUUGCAGAAAUCCUGAGGAAACAGUACGGAACAGAAAACGUUAUCCUAUCGGAUAUCAAGAAGCCUCCACCAGAAGUGUGCAGAAGUGGCCCGUUUGUGUAUGCUGACGUGUUGGACUUUAAGAACCUCAGAGAGUUGGUGGUGAAUAACCGCAUCACCUGGCUGGUGCAUUACAGCGCUCUACUCAGUGUUGUGGGAGAGGCAAAUGUGGCCCUGGCACGCAAGAUCAAUAUCACAGGGCUUCAUAAUGUGCUGGACCUGGCUCUGGAGAGCUGUUUACGUCUCUUUGUCCCCAGCACCAUCGGAGCCUUUGGCCCUUCUUCUCCCCGUGACCCUGCACCUGACCUGUGUGUCCAGAGGCCUCGCACCAUUUAUGGGGUGUCCAAAGUGCAUGGCGAACUGAUGGGGGAGUAUCUUCAUCACAAGUAUGGACUGGACUUCCGCUGCCUACGCUAUCCUGGCGUCAUCUCAGCUAACACACAGCCUGGGGGAGGAACAACAGACUAUGCUGUCCAGAUUUUUCACGAUGCCCUCAGCACGGGUCACCACGAGUGCUAUUUACGUGCUGACACACGUCUGCCGAUGAUGCAUGUUGGUGACUGCCACCGUGCGACUGUGGAGUUCAUGCAGGCCCCGGAAUGCCAGCUGUCGCUGCGCACAUACAACAUCGAUGCCAUGAGCUUCACCCCUGAGGAAGUGGCCACGGAAAUCCGCAAGCACCUGCCCCACCUCAAGGUCACCUAUAACCCUGACUCUGUCCGCCAGACAAUUGCGGACAGCUGGCCGGUGAGGUUUGAUGACUCCAACGCACGGAGAGAUUGGGGCUGGAAGUCGACAUAUGGGCUUGAGGAGCUCGUCUCAGACAUGCUGAGCUCCAUCCGUGACAAGAGGACCAACGCCGGACUGCCAGUCAGCUAGCAGGUCCCGCCCACAGAGAGUGACUUACCAAUCACUAUUCCCUUAAGUCCGCUUCAUCCUGGGUCUGCCUAUCACAACAGACCCUCUUUCCUUAGCAUCAUCUCCAAACCAGGACUCUUCUGUAAACCAGGAUAAUAUUACACCAAUAAACCAGGGACUAAUUUCAAACCUGUCAUCUUCAGCCAGAACCACUCAACUUUCCACAACAGUGGACACUGACACCACAGACACACACACACCACACAUAGUAACAGGCAACAAGCACCUUCUCAUAAUAGCAGCUUUACUCUUUUCAGGGAACCAUACUGUCAACCAUUCUCUUAUGUUGUGACUGUCUUCAGUUUCUGUUUUAAAUGUGAUAGAGAAUUUUAAUAUCAUAGCAGGUUUAACAUAGGCCUUAAACGUCUGGGGGAAAUAGGCUUCAGGCAAAUUAUUUUACAUAUAGUUAGUCAUAACCCUACCUUCAGUUUCCAGUAUCUCAAGGGGUUUCAUUUACAUUUUACUUUUACAGUACGUCAUUUAGCAGACAGUCUUAUCCAGAGCGAUUUACAGUUAGUGCAUUCAUCUUAACAUAGCUAGGGGAGACAACCACAUAUCACAGUCAUAGUAAGUACAUUUUUCCUUAAUAAAGAAGUUAUCAGCAAAGUUAGUGCUAAUAGGAAAUGUUCCUCCUUUCCUGCUGUAUUAGGGUAGUAUAGAGGGCACAGUGAUUUCCUUCCUGGCCUGCUGCGUUAGGGUAAUAUAGAGGGAACAGUGAAAUGACACAGGAGCAGUGAGAGAUAUAGAGACAACUAUCAGAAGAAAUAGAAAAUCCACAAUGUUUACAAUUUUUAUUUUAUUUUUAUUUCACCUUUAUUUAACCAGGUAGGCUAGUUGAGAACAAGUUCAAAAGGCCUGCCUUUACAACACAACUUCAGUACAUUUUCAAACAUCUCCACAUUUCUUUACAGUCAGUGUGAUUUUGGGUACCAAAUAAAUUCAGAAUUGAAGCCUUUUUUUAAUUGACAACUAAUUAGAAAAAGAUUUGUGUGUAAUGAACAAAAUUGCAGUGUACUUUUGAUCAUAAAUUGAAUAAAUCUCUUAAUUUGCUCA